AUGAUUUAUGAUAAGGGAAAUGGCUCCUCAACCAGAGCAGCGAUGGUCCGGAUCACUGUGAUAAUUCCAACUUGUUCCUCCUACCCACAUAAGAGUCAGCAGUACAUUGUUCCUGUUAUCAAUGAACCACAAAUCUUGGUGUUGGACUUGGGUCAGGCGAGUAAAGAGUGGCUGGAAGAUUUCUUGAACUUGGAUGGUUUAGGUGUGUUAUUCGAGUCUUUAGAACGUCUAAGUGACCGUGGCUUUACCUCCAUCGCUGACGCCUUGCUGCAGCUGGAGUGUGUUCUGUGUGUUAAGGCAGUGAUGAACUCCAAGACUGGUCUGGAGUACAUCAUUAACAAUGACAGCUACACCAGGAAACUUGCCAAAUUGGUUGUAUUCAAGAAACAGCGAUAUAGAUCACGAUUGAACUUCCUGAAGAUACUGCAAGACUUGAAGACAGUGGAGGACGACCAGUUGUCACUUCAAGUGUCAGUGUUUGAGGACAGUUACGAGGAUGACCAGGAACAAAUGUAUGGACACGAGGGACAACUUAACAUCAACCACUACGAAGCUUUCAAUGAUCUCUUUAAUAAGGUUCGGGAGACACCUCACUCCCUCCAGCUCUUGGCCCUCAUCCAUAACCUCACUAAACUGGAUCCUGAUAAAGAAGAAAGUGACGCUGUGUGGGAAUUACUCGACCGUGUGGGUAUUAGAGCCGUUGAGGGCACUCUAACUACUACUUGGGCAGAAGUUGUUGCGUCUUCCCAAGACUUUCAGAGAAGUGUUGCUACACAGACGCUUUCCCGUGGCACCUCCCGGCAACCGCUGCCUCUUGCUGCUAAACACACACCUCCUGAGGGCUUUGAGGAACGUCCAUUUCCUUCAUCAAGCCUCCCUGCUAGUAGUGUCUUGAUAAGUGAAGUAAAAGAUAUUGAGGAUAAUAACUGUGAGAAAGAAGAGAGAUCCCCAGAGAGUGACGAGGUUAAAGGUAUCUCUGCUACACUCAAUGAUCAUGUUAGCGAGAAGAAACUAACUGAAGAAAGUAGCGAAUCAUCAGCUUUACCCUGUCAUGGAGGGCACUCAUCACCUCUAGAAUGGAGCGACUCUCUAACACCUCCUCCUCCUCCUCCUCCACCACCACCACCACCACCACCUCCAUGUUGUAGAGCACCGCCGCCGCCACCACCACCACCACCACCACCACCACCGCAACUUGGAUUUGGCGGUCCACCACCCCCACCACUUGGGUUUGGCGGUUCACCAUCACCACCGCCGCCGCCACCCCCACCACCACCACUUGGGUUUGGUGGUUCACCACCACCACCGCCGCCGCCCACCACCACCACUUGGGUUUGGCGGUCCACCUCCACCACCACCACCACCGGAUUUAGCAUUCCACCACCAGCACCACCACCUCCAGGCUGUGGUGGUGUUCGUAACCCACUUCUCACCUCUGUCUCUCUACCUUCCUACUCGACAUGUAGCAGCACGCAAGCCUUCUACAACACCCUGCCAAGACCUCGCUCAAAAAUGAAGCAUCUUAACUGGAGUAAAGUUAACAAUAACACCAUCAGUAACUCCCUCUGGCAGAGUGUUCACAAAGACCUGCUCCAAACUCCUCCUUCAUCCUUAAAUUACGUACAAAUUGAAGAGUUAUUUUGCCAGGUAAAUAAAGCACGCACAACUAAGGCCACCAGCAAGAAACAGUCUGCAGAGGUGACAUUGUUGGAUCCCAAGAAGUCUCUCAAUGUUAAUAUUUUCCUGAAACAGUUCCGAGCCUCUCACGCUGAGGUAGUCUCUCUCAUCCGAGACUGCAAGAGUUCUCUCAUUGGUGCUGAGAGACUCACUGGCUUCCUCAGAAUCCUGCCCGACGAUGCUGAGGUGACGAUGAUCCAGGAGUACCAAGGUGACACAGAGAAGCUAGGCAACGCAGAGAAGUUCUACUGUCACCUCAUUAAGGUUCCUGCCUUCCAGGUGCUUAUUGAAGGUAUGAUUCAGAUGGAAGAGUUGACCCCAGCAGCCGAGAACCUCAGACCACAGAUCAAGAUGCUGCUGAACACUUGUGAUAAAAUUCUUCAGAGUGAAGUCAUCAGAGAUUUCUUUGCUUACAUCCUCACUAUUGGGAAUUUCAUCAACAUGGGUAGUUACGCAGGCAACGCCCUGGGAUUCCGUCUUAACACUAUAUCCAAGCUGUGGGAAACACGAGCUAACAAACCAGGGAUGACCUUACUGCACUAUGUUGUUCAGAUUAUUCAUGAUGAGAAACUGGAUAUUCUCAACUUUGUUGAUGAUCUUGGCGACUUAACUAAGACAGCCAGGUUGUCAGUGGAAGGAUUGACGACUGAAGUGUCAUCACUGAGAACAAACCUCACCACACUCGCCAAGAAACUGGAAAACUCUCCAGACAGUGUCAAGGAACAUUUUAAGGACUUCACAGUGAAGGCUGAGCAGGUGGUGCAGGACCUGGAGCUGAGUCUGCACGAGCUUGAACGUUCAAGAAUCAAAUUAGCUCAAUAUUUUUGCGAGGAUGAAUCCAAGUUUCGUCUGGAGGACUGUGUGGGAGUCUUCCACACCCUCAACACCAAGAUUAUGGAUGCACAGAAGGAAAACGAAAGUCGACAGAAGCGUGAGGAACGGAAGAGGCGCCUUGAGGAAGAACGGCGGAGACAAGACGAGGAACGUGCCAAGGCUGAAGCCACAGGUGUUACUUUAAGGAAGAAAGGUGCUCCUCUGCCUCCUCCUGAAGACACUGGCACUUGUGUAGUGGAUCGCUUGCUGGCAGACAUUCGUAAAGGAGAGUUCAAACUUCCUACUCCGGCUCUACAAAAACCUCAGUUAUCUUUCCAUGGAGUACUACCCUCGCCCCUUGGCCACCUCUACUACCAAAAUUAAACAUGAAAUAAUAAGAAAAAUUCGUCAUAUGAGCUCCCUCUGCUUCGUUAAUAAUACUGAAUUCUUUGCUUCAAACCACCAACAUGUCUCCACUAAUUCCACUGUCUACCAUCAAUUGUUAGUGGGUAAUUAACAAGUUAACAUUUGACUACUCUCUCUCGAUUACAAAUACCAGGUCUUACGAGUGAAAACUCUGAUGAUGCAGUAUAUCCUCGACGUUUUCUCCCCCAUGAUUAUUAUUAUCUUGACGUUUUCCUGUUAAUGCUUGGAAGGUAUGUUAGAACUGUUGCUCGGGGAGGGGAUGGGGAUAGGUAGGUUAGGUAAAGUUUGUCAGGAACCAGGACAAGUGUUGCCUAAGGCGGGUUUUAGUCAUGGGAUGACCUGCAGUUGGGGAGGGGAUGUAUCGCUGCAUUAAUAGCACCAAAAACUCGCCUGAAUUAGGUAUCCCUGAAGGAGUACCUUACGAGGAUGCCUGAAUGGGUUUUUUUUUUUUCCAUCUUCCUCCAUUUUGUUUUUUUUUUUGUAUUUCGCUCUUAGUUCGAGAAACCCUCAUCCAAUAGCCUUCAAAUUUUCAACACUAGUGUACAGAACAAGUAACAAAUUCUUGGGACAGUUGUCAUGUUCAUGCUCCCCAUGAUCAAAGAUGAACCUAUUUACAUCCUGGAAUGGUUAGUAUACUCUCCAAAAUCCUCAGUAGCUUCAAACGUUCAUAAAACGUGCCCAAAAAAAUCGACGGCAGCGGAGAGUGUAAGUAACAGUGUAAGUGAAGCAGAUGUGACCAUUUUAUGUGAAAAUAGCAUGAAAUUUGUUUAAAAUCAAAUUAUUUUUCUCUAAGGAUUGUAAAAACUUAGAAUUUAAACGAGAAAGAUAAACUGUUGCACUUUACUGUAUUCCUUUUUUACUUCUCUGUAUCAUGUUCAAAUAAAUAAAUAAAUAAAUGUAGUGUAAGUUAGAGGGGAAAGCUAUUUAACGGAACAUUUUUAGCAAAAUUUUAGUUUUUCUCAAAAAUUCUCAUUUAUUACCAGAGAACAAUAUUCGAUUGGCUUCAAAUUUUCAACGUUUGUGUAACGCAUCUUUGGCAAGAUUGAUGGUACAAAUAUUUACAUGUAUGAGAACUCUAGGAACAAUGCAACAUAGGUCAUCCCAAAUUUUGUUCCCGUGUUAUAGGCACAGAUAGGCUCUGAUAGGCAUCAAAAUUUCAACACCUCUUACUAAAAGACAGUUGAUAUAAUGAAUGAAGUUGAUGUCAUUAUGCCACUUUUAAUCUCGAAACGGUAUAGUUUUAUUUUGACCUUUUUGCUUUAUUUUGACUUGAUGCUGGUGAUGGGUUCUUGAUCCAAGGAACUGGCAUUAUUUCUCCGCCCUCUCCUUGAAUCGAAUUUCAAUACCUCCCAUGAAUUAUUAUUAAGUGAGCAAUUACCUGCGUGAGGUUUACAGGUUGUUGCCUGAAUUAUUACGUGUAAGUAAUUUAGGUGAGAUAAGUGGGACUUAGUCACAGCAGGUCACCGAACUGUCACUCCCUCGAUGCCCACUUCAUCACCACUCACAAAAAGCUAGACCUGACAUUAAAUUAAUAAUUACAAUAUUAAAACCAGCUUCUCUGGUAAAUGAAAGUUAUGUGGACUGUAUAUGAUUAGGCUUCCUGAGUAUACAAUAUAAUUAUUAUUAAUAAAUUACAAUAGUGUUAUUAUAAAGGAAAUUCGUAUUACCACUGAACAUUUAAUUAAUGGAUCAUUUUUUUUUUUGGGGGGGGGGAGCCCUAGCGCUGCCUCUACAGCUAGAAUUUACGAAGGCCAACGCAAAACUACAUUGCACUAUUUAAGCUGUAUAGCCCUUGUGGUUUAGCGCUUCUUUUUGAUUAUAAUAAUUUUAUUAUAAUUGCACUAUUAAAGGACCAGUGUUCACACAGUUUCAAUAUGGCGUCUCCGUUUCCGUGUCACUCUCCGGCUGUUCCAACCCCCUCCCCUUUAAAAUUUCUCGAAAAGUCCAAAUAGCAUCACAUUUUAAUACGCAGUUAUUAUAUUCAUUUUUAUAUUUUACCUUUAGGAAAUUAUGUAAAAAAUUUCCACACCCAUUCCACAGACGCUCUAAGACCCUUACGGAUUUAGCGCUUUCUUCUGAUUAAAAUAAAACAGUGAACGGCAUCACUCUUCAGUAGCUGUUCUGACGGAAAUGGAUGGACUGUCAUGGUUAAGUUUUGUUAUAUUCUGUACAAUAACUGGAUAAUGCAUCUUCUGGCUAACCUUGAGAGGCGCCUGAGUUUCUCUGUCUCCUAAUAUCAUGUUUAUUUUCCCCCUAUCAUCUACUUUGUCCAUAAUUACUAUCACAUUUGCUUUGCUUUCGUAAGGUGAGCAGCGCUGUAUAGCCCUUGUGGCUUAGCGCUUCUUUUUGAUUAUAAUAAUAAUUUGAUUAUAAUAAUUUCGUAAGGUGAAGUCUAGGAUAUUUCCUGAAGUCUAUUGCUAGACUUACGAAAACAGACAAAACAAAUGCGAUAGUAAUUAUGGACAAGGUAGAUUAUAGGGGAAAAAUAACAUAUUAUUAGAAGAGAGGGAAUCUAAUUUGCCCCUUAAAUGUUUAGUGUUGAUGUUUUCCCCAGGAAACACUGUCUUGAUGUUACGUUGUAUAACUUAUUAUAUGCUAGUUUUAUUAAGGAAAUUGGAGAAUGUUUCUUGUGAUCAGAAAUAAUUCAUUGUCUCUAUUUGGUUAUCCAAGAUUAAAUCAACUUAAUGUUUCAAUAACAUCUAUGUGCCUUUAAGACCAUUGUUAAAAAUUGGUAUAUAUACUCUAAGCUUACAUAAAAUUUACUGUACUUUUUAUAAGCAGAAAAAAAAUUAAAUACUGCUUUUUGCUUGAUAAUUUCUGAGUGUCGACUCUAACUUCAACGUUCCCAAGUUAGUAACUUGAUAAUGCAGCUUCUGGACGGCUUCAAGCUAGUGUGCUUGUGUAGUUUAGGAUAUCGGUCUUUUUGACCUCUUUGAAAGGUUUUAAUUAAUUAUGUGCUAUGUAAUAUCCAGUUUUACCAUUGAAAUUUGGAUAUUUCCAUAUGAUUUGUGAACGCCUCUUAUAAUUCUUUUCAGUUCUUUAGUGCUAAUUGCAUUAUCAACUUAAGCCGCACUCUGCACAAUUCUAGUCGCAUGUAUUAAAGUAGAGGAGACUGGGGUUACGCAAUACGGGGACACCUUCGGAUCGCGCAUCGACUGACAUAUUUCUAGGUUUUUAAGGUCACUGAAAAGUAAAAAAAAAAUAUAGAUUUUUUUUAGUUCAAGUAUUGUGAUAUUGUCUUAAGAUGUAUGUAUGUGCUUUUCUGUAGAAUUUAUGGAUACGUAUAAUAGAAUUGUCUUCACAUGCCUAUUGAGAUAAGAUUUUCAGCAGGACACUAAAAGUGCCAUUAUCAUGACCUUAUUUGGACGUGAAAGAAAUUAUUUACCUUUUGUGAAUUAUUUUGUAUCUGUAGAUAAAAGAACAGGAAAAAUAAAUAUAUAUAUAUAUAUA